UCUCAUUUCUAGGCACUUCAGUAGGAUAUUAUCUAACAACCCCCCCGGUUUUCGGCGGCAUGGUCCACGUCUCCGCAUGCCCCGCUCCUCGUCCAUACCUACGACAGAAUUGCCCAAUGGUAAGGCGACAAUGAAUCUUUUGUUAUCCAUUUCUCACCCACAAACUGGUGUACUAUCGUCGGUUCCAUCUGGCUUUACCCACAGUAAGGCACCUUUCACUUCUCCCUAGUGCACCCGGGUAGGGUAGACCCCUCCUCGGAACCUCCGUCGAAUGGCAGCUCAGUAUGCAUAGACGCAAACCAAGAGCAGCCUUUUUGGAGUUGGGGUCAACCCCGACCUGUCAGCCUAUACGUGCAAGGGGCCCUAGGGACUCGAGACGCGAUGGGGAAUAUUUGACGUGGUUCUUGGGCUCCAGGUAUUUUUUUUCCGGGCUAGGCACAGGAACGAUGUUUGUGUGUGUGUGUCGGGAACCCUUUUAAAGUGUUGGCCGAUCCCCCGUAUGCCUUGUUCUUUUCCUGUCUUCUUCUGUCUCGCAUCUCGCUCGCUUCGCUGUUGAGUACGACAAGAUUUGUGUGUGUGGUCUGUCUGACUUGACCGAUCUAUGCCCAACUAGAUCUAGAUCUUGACCUAGAAUAGUUUUAUCUAUUCCAAGUCCCGAGUCAAGCACACACAUAUCCGGCCAUAGACUCGCCCGCAGUCUUCAACAAAACCGACAACAUGGCCGCUGUCGAUGAGAAGAGCGUUGGGCUAGGCCGUUCGCCUAGCGACAGCGACAUGGCUGAUGGUCAGGUCGUCGGUGUCGAUCGCGAUGCUGAUGUCGUGGCCAAGUAUGGAGAGACUCAACGCGGUCUCAGCCCUCGCCACGUGCAGCUCAUGGCCAUUGGAGGCUCUAUCGGUACUGGACUCUGGGUCGGUAUCGGUGGAGUGCUCUCCAAAGCAGGUCCUCUCUCUGUCCUUCUUGGCUACGCCUUCUGGGGUCUCCUCUACAUCUGGCCGCUCAACCUGUGCGUCGCCGAGAUGUGCGCCUACCUGCCCAUCCGCGGCACAAUCUUUGAGCUCGCCCGCCGCUUCGUCGACCCCGCCCUCGGCUUUGCCAUGGGCUGGACCUACUUCUUCGCCGGCCUGAUGCUGGUCUGCACCGAAUACGCCGCCGUCGCCACCAUAAUGCAGUACUGGAGCAAGGACAUCAACCCGGCCGUCUGGAUCGCCAUGGCCAUGGUCCUGUGCAUCAUGCUCAACGUCGUGGCCGUAAAGUGGUAUGGCGAGAGCGAGUUCAUCAUGGCGUCCACAAAGGUCAUCCUGCUGUUCGGCCUCAUCAUCCUCACCAUCGUCACCAUGGCCGGCGGGAACCCGCAGCACGACGUCUACGGCUUCAGGAACUGGGGCGAUGGCAACUACAUACACCCGUACCUGGCGCAGGGCGACACUGGGAGGUUCCUCGGCUGGUGGAAGGUUGUCAUCUAUGCUGCUUUCACCAUUGCCGGUCCCGACAUGAUCGCCCUGGCCGCCGGCGAGAUUGUGAACCCGAGGCGCACCAUCCCCCGUGUUGCCAAGCUCAUCUUUUACCGUCUCGUCGGAUUCUACUUUAUCGGCGUCCUCUGUGUCGGCAUCAUCUGCAGCUCCAGGGAUCCCAGGCUCAUGGGGGCCUUGGCCGACGGCGCCUCCGGUGCUGCUGCCAGUCCUUGGGUCAUUGGAAUUGAGAACCUUGGCAUCCGUGUGCUUCCUCACAUUAUCAACGCUGCCAUUAUGCUUUCUGGAUGGUCCUGCGGCAACGCCUACCUCUACUCUGCCUCACGCACGCUCUACGGCCUGGCGCGCGACAACCAGGCGCCCCAAUUCCUGCUCUACUGCACCAAGCAGGGCGUGCCGCUCUACUGCGUGCUGACCGUGUCGCUCAUCUCGUGCAUCACCUUCCUCGUCUCGUCCAACUCGGCCGUCGAGGUCUUCUUCUGGUUCGUCGACCUGACCACCACGGCACUCAUCAUGACCUACACCAUGAUGAUGAUCACCUUCAUCGGCUUCUACCGCGCCCGCAAGGCCCAGGGCAUGGACCCCCAGACGCUGCCGUUCCUCGCCCCCUUCACCCCUUACUCGGCCUACCUGGCCCUGUUCCUCGGCUGCGUGGCCGUCUUGUUCGUCGGCUUCGAUGCGCUUGGACCCUUUGACGUGCGCUCCUUCAUCACGGCGUACUUUGCCCUCGGGUUUGGCGCCUUUAUGUACGUGUUCUGGAAGGUCGUCAAGAGGACAAAGCUGGUCGACCCCAGGGAGGCGGAUCUCUACUCGGGCAAGAAGGAGGUCGACGAUGAGUGCAGGCACUGGGAGGAGGGUGGUAUCGAGGAGGUGGAGAGGGCUAGGCUGGCCCAGAUGAGUUUUGCGAGGAGGUGCUGGGAAAGACUGUGGUAGAAGACACAUGUUUUUGUGUUUGCUGCUCAGAGAGACUGACAUCACACUUUUCACUUUACACUUUAUCGCAGUAAUUUUAUAGUAGAUAUGAUUCCACAGACCCUGAAAAAGAGCCUCGAGUUCCUUGUUACACA